AUGAGGCUUCAAAGGAUAAAUAACUCAACCUUUUUUGACAAAUUUCACAGGUUCUGUAUUCAAGUAUUGUUGUCGCUGUUUCUGCUAUCACCUCUGGCUAUCUGUGUUCCGAGUUCCCUUGAAAGCAAAGAGCUCUCUGUUAAGUUCUCUCUAGGCGACGAAACGCCGGCAAGUUUUUUCAUUGGAAACAUCCUCAAGCAGACAUCACGAUUAGACUUCCGUCCAUCCACCGCCAGUGUUACUGUCUCCACCAACAACCUGAAAAUGCGUGCCACUCUGCUGGACACCACAAGAGGUCUGGCUUCUCGUCUGUUGCAUCUCAGUGAUAUGGGUGACCUUUACACUAUCAAUACCAUUGACAGAGAUGAUGUGGCGAGUAUAUGUGGACCUCUGGAAUGUUGUACACAACCCCAGUGCAAUUUGACAUUCACUGCUGUCUUCGUACACGUGGAAAGUCCCGACGAACCUAUCACAGUGGCAGUAAAUGUGCAGUUGAUUGAUACAAAUGACAAUUCACCCACUUUCCAGGACCAACAGUUUUCCAUAACAAUUCCAGAGACAACCUCACUCGAUUUUGCGAAAGGACAGACUUGCAUAAACAGUGAGUACAGCUUGCCAAGAGCUUCGGACAAGGAUUCAAUAGCAAAUGGUGUAAAAAACUACCACCUAGAGGAGCACUUGGACUACUUUGCGCUCACGUCACCAGAACAUGAGUGCUAUCCUUGCCUAAAGGUGAGCAGCGUUGUCCCGUUGGAUUACGAAAAUCCCAAGCACCGCAGAUUCACUCUCAAAUUGGUAGCUGUCGACGGUGGUACAGUUCCAAAAUCGGGUUCCAUUACGAUAAACAUCUUUCUGACUGAUCUCAACGACAAUGCUCCAGUCUUUGCUCAGCCGAGUGAAGUAAUUCGGGUGAUUGAGAACCAUACUUAUAACCAGGCAAUCUACACUGUUCGAGCAACAGAUGCUGACUCUGGUGCGAACGGCAGAGUGCAGUACCAUUUCAAAACACAACAUUCCACAACAAACCAAAAGACCUUUGUUCUCAAUCCUGAGACUGGUGAACUUUUCAUGAAAUCAGCGUUAGAUUAUGAGAAGUUUUCAGAACGAAAGAUUGUGCUCGAAAUUCUUGCACGUGACGACGGGCGACCAGCACUGACAUCGUCAUUCUCACUGACUGUCGUGGUGAUUGAUGUGAAUGAUAAUCCUCCAGAAAUUGUGGUCCAACAAAAUCAUACAAUAAUGGAGAAUGGGAAAGCUAAUAUGCCAGCCUUACAGCUACUGAUCACAGAUGUUGAUGAGGUGAGCCAAGGUAAGAUUGAAUGCCACCUGGAGAACCAAGAACGGCUUCCUCUGCGACUGGAAGGUCAGACUUUUUUGACCAUUUGGACAACACGUCAAUUGGACUAUGAAAAAACGCCACUCUUAAAUUUCAUUCUUGUCUGUCAAGACAAUGCAGAUCCACCGAAGAAUACGACUCUUCCAAUGACAAUAAAAGUUGGAAAUUUAAAUGACAACCCUCCUGUAUUUUAUUCAUCACAAAAAAAUCCUACAAGUGCAAUCGAACUGACACUAAAUGAGGAUGAGAGAAUUUUGCGACCUGUGUACCUGCCAACUGUUAUCGACGAUGAUGGCAAUCCAGUGAGUUUCAGUAUGAUUUCCAAGGAUCCAGACAGUCCCUUUACGGUGAAAUCUGAUACUGGUGCUGUUUAUCUGAAGUCGCCUCUUGACUAUGAAACCUUUAAGCACCAUGAAUUUGAAAUUCUAGCCACAGAUAUUCCUGAAAUUGGUUCUACUGAACCGGCUCUCACAUCCUCAGUGAAAGUGCUUGUUAAAGUUAGGGAUGUGAACGAUAAUGCCCCAGAAUUAACCAGCCCCUCCAUAAUUCCCGUAAAGCCCGACACCCCAAUCGGUUACAUGGUUUCACAACUGACAUUUAAAGAUGCCGAUGGAGACGGACAGCAGGAAGUAUUGACGAAGCUCAUUGCCCAGGAGACCUUUCCGAAGCUCACUAGGAAAAAGUAUUUCGCACUAAAGGAGAAUGGAGCCCUCAUUACUCUUUCCCCGCUCAAUAGAGAUCAACUCUCCGUCAUUGCAUUAACUGUAGUAGCUACAGACAUUGACAUUGGUAAUCAGUUUUCCUCAACAGUAACUCUAGCGGUAGUUAUAGAAAACCCGGACGGUGCCAAAACCUUAAAAAUAGUUCGACCCUUUCCAGGAUCAACACUAAUUUUACCCGUUAAGAAGAUUCCCAAUCGACCCCUUAAACCGGAAAGUUUACGAGGCGCCAUCAUCCCUUUCGAAGCAUACGACAGCGGCAAGAGCAAAAAACUAGCCUUUACCAUUGACAAACAAUGCAAUGCUUCCGAAUUCUUCGAGAUUGAUCAAAAUCAUACGUCGAUUAUCAAACCCGUCCUUACUGACACAGCUUUAAGCAAACUAAUUGGUAUUCCUUCGGGGAAUAGAUUGGAGAUCGUUCUCAAAGUCACUGAUGUGGAGGAGCCCUCACGCACCGCAGAAUCCAGAUUUUUUAUCGAGUUUGACUGGGCUCCCAAAAUGUCAAGUCAUGCGUUGUGGCCUGCAGAUGCGGCGGACGCGGAUGUGGACAACCAGAAUGAUGGGCGUGGAGAUGACAGCUGGUUGCUCUCUACGGAUAAUGCUCCUGUUGGUGACAAAGAUGGUGGAAAACCGUUUAAACUUAGUCUAGGCAAUAUUGUAAUGUUUCUACUCAUCCUCGUGUUCAGUCUGGCGGUGGGAUUUGCGCUUUUUGCUGCAAUCCUCUGGGCUCGAGCCAAACGUGCGACAUCUAAUGCAACUGUUGCAACAGCAGCUGCCAGAAGAAGUCAAUCACCCAUCGUAACAGCCUCAAAUAGUGGAGAAAAAUCCAAGCGGUCGUCUCACAAACAAAGCUCCAUUUGGCGACCAGGCAACACAAAUUCUGUCGUAGCUAGUGAAUGCUAUCACCUAACAUCAACGCAUCCAGAACAGCCAUCCGAAGUGCACUAUGCUAUCCUGACAUCAAAUGGUAGCACAGUUUUGGGAGAACUGAACAAGACCUCCGAAGCAUCGGGCAGCUCAGGAGGACCUGUUUUGGCGUAUUUCGAUUUAAUCGUUCCACCUACCACCGAGGAUCAGAGAGCAGUUCAACAAAACUUUCCCGAUCUCACCACCGCGGCAAGUACGGCUUCAGCAAAUCCUGAAAAUACACCGUCAUCGACGACACCUGUAAACUGUUAUCUGGUCAUGUAA